CCGUACCCACCGAUUCUCUCUCUCCUCCUCACUGCUCUUAUCAUCAUCAUCAUCCAACUUUUUUCCCCGAAAUGUCUCCAUCACUCUUAAUCAUCCUCCACUUGUGAUAUUUUUCAGAGAUAAAAGUUGGUUUUGAUUUUUCUAGGUCUAUUAAUUCGAUGUACUAAUACAAUCCCCAACUACCCUUUUCCAUUUUUUUUGAAUAUAGGAAUAUUAAUAAAAAUAAAAUAAAAUUCAUUCAUAUAUCAAAAUUUGAAAUAAUUUCCAAGUCUUUGAUCCAUCUCAAACCCUAAUAAUUUCCCUCUUGCAGAUCUGAUAUCCAGGAAGUAGGAAAAAGAUGGAUCACGACGAGACCGGAUGCCAAGCACCUGAGCGCCCAACUUUGUGCAUUAACAAUUGUGGGUUCUUUGGACAUGCAGCAACCAGGAAUAUGUGCUCUAAAUGUCACCGAGAAACGGUGCUCAAGGAUGAACAAGCAAGGUUUGCAGCCUCUUCCAUUGAGAACAUAGUGAAUGGGAACUCUAGCAAGAGCAAAGAGGUUUCUGUUGUUGUUGCUGCUUCUGUUGAUUUGAAGUCUGAAGAAGUAGAGACGAAAGUCAUAAAUGUUCAAGUAUCUUGUGAGUCGAGUGUUGGACAACCUUCUGAGGCCAAGAAAGCGGGUCCAAGUAGAUGUUUGACAUGCCGUAAGCGUGUUGGUUUGACUGGUUUUAACUGCAGGUGCGGAAACCUGUUUUGUGCUGCUCACAGGUACUCUGACAAGCAUGAUUGUCAGUUUGAUUAUCAGGCUGCUGCUCAGAAUGCUAUAGCAAAAGCCAAUCCGAUUGUCAAGGCAGAUAAGCUCGAUAAGAUCUAGAAGAAUGAUGAUAACUCAAUAUAGUUUCUCUUAUGGAUGUUUCUUGCGUUUAGUAUGCUGCUUUCCUUGUUAGAAAUCCUUAUGUUUAUAAAGUAUGGCAAGGAGCAGUCACAGUCUGGUGCACCCACCUUGUUCGCAAACAGGGGUGGCCAUAUCUGCACCAGUUUGUAAGUACUUAUUUGCUGGUUUGUGACACUUCGCUAAUCAAUUUGCGAGUUUGCAUAAAUCCUUAUCAUGAUUGUCCGUAUUUUGAUGUCCUAAAAUUUGACUGUUUGCUUUCGCUGCGGUAUUUCAUUUACUCCAUCAGUAUCUUUAUAGAAAUAUAUUUUCCGUC